AGCGACGAUUCGCGUGGACACACAUUCCAUCGUUAUAUUAUGGAGGAAGACGACGAUGGCUUGUCCUUGCCGCCGAUACACGUCGAUCCUCCAAUUAUCAGCGUUCAGCCGACGUCCAAUCGAGCUUCGAGGCAUCAGGCUUCAACGACGACGUCGAGCCACGAUUGGAUCUCGACGCUUUCGACGCGCUUCGGCUUCGGGUCGCAGCGCCACUUCCUGUCUCAAGCCGAUCAAGUGGAAAUUCAGCAAGUCGUCGAAUUAAGCUCUCUUCUCGGCAAGAGGCAAAAUGGCGCCCAGUACAGGGUGAAAGUCGACAACGGCGACACGACGUUUCUCGCGGUCGAGGAUCGCUCUCAGCAAACAGCGGCAGCGGCAGCAGCAGCAGCGGAGAACAACCGUCGAUGGCCAUUUACGUCGUCGUGGGGCUCCUGCCGCGAGCUCAGGCUCAACCUAAUGGACCUUUCGGGUGAGACGGCUUUAGUAGUGAGAAAAACCCUCGGCUGCGCUUGUCUUCCUGGAUUUCUGCACAAAGUUCAGGUCGAGUCGAGCGACCGACGACGCUUGGGCAGCGUCGAGCAAAACUUCACGCUGCUGGGCGUUAGCUUCACGGUUUACGACGAGACGAGGCAGGCCCUGUGCCACAUCGACGGGCCCAGCAUCUACUCGUGCUGCAUGUCCACCGAGACUCAGUUCCAAAUUGUCUCGGUCGACAGAUCGCGACAGAUAGCCUCCCUGAUUCGACACUGGAACGACGUACUGGUCGACUACUCGAUCUUGCUGACCUACACACCAGAAACUGAGGCCAAACUGAAGAGUCUGCUACUGGGCGCGGCCUUUCUUCUGGAAUUUUUGUAUUUCGAGCGCCGAUGACCCAGCGAUUUUUUUCCUGGUACACCUCGACCUUGCGGACUCGUACGAAUGCGGGGGGCCAUUUAAAUGUUUAAAAGGACACUGCAAUCAAUGCUUAGCCAUAUAAUAUGUAAAUUACUCAGUUUAGUCGUAAAGGGGUCGCAAGCUUUUUUUUUAGUAAAUUUUUUGCAAAUGAAUUUUGCAAGUUGGCUACUACACGUGGCAGUUAGGUGCAUAACAGCAUUAUUAAUAAUUACGUUGGCGAAGUUUUGCUACAUAAGCGGCCCCGUGUAGCGAUGGCAUCGACGUUCUCAUUAGCUGCGCCUCGUGUAUGUAGCAUCGUAAACGCGAUGAUACGAGAGAAUAAAAAAAAAAAGAACGAAGAAAAAUAUGACACGAGCACAGUAAAUCAAGUCUAUUUAAUAUUCCAUUCCUGCCUGACGUGUGACCGACUCGAGGCUUCAUAUAUAUGUAUACUUUAUAUACGAUGAUGCGGUAAUCUCUGGCUGAUAACUGGCGUGCAUGUGUUAGCGAAUUAAGAGAGGCAGA